CAUUCCUCUUGUGGCGCCAAACACCCCCGUCUUCCCGCGAGGGUGCGCAGGAUAAGCCAUGUCGCUCUGCAACUACAACACCGCGCGCACGAUAGCAACAGCGGAUGUCUUCCAUUUCCCCAACCGCCCUGGUUCUUUUCCAUCUUACCCCUGGCUUCCAAAUCCCUUGAAAUCCCCUCUCUCUUCUCCAAGCAGAAGCAGAGUCUCUCUCUGCUCUCGCCACCAAAUUCCCAAUUCGCCCCUGGAAAACGAGGAAAAUACGAAUCAGCCGGGGGAGAUGGAGGAAAAGAAGAAGAGAAUUUCGGAGCAGUCGUCGUGGGAGGCGAAGGAUUCCGACGGCCAAGAUUACCUGUACAGGCUGGGGAAAGAGGCGGAAAACAUGAACAUCGCCGUCGGUGCCAGGAAAGGGAUGAUCGAUGAUCUCUUCGUUGGCAAUUUCCUCGGAAAAGACUCGGAUAUAGUUUUCGAUUAUAGGCAAAAGGUGACUAGGUCAUUCGAGUACCUCCAGGGUGAUUAUUACAUUGCGCCUCUUUUUAUGGAUAAAAUUGUGUGCCACAUUGUAAAGAACUACGUUGCCCACCUACUCAACACCAAAGUUCCCUUAAUCCUAGGUGUUUGGGGAGGAAAAGGUCAAGGUAAAUCAUUUCAGACAGAACUUAUUUUUCAGGUGAUGGGAAUUGAGCCGGUGAUUAUGUCAGCAGGGGAACUGGAAUCAGAGAGAGCAGGAGAACCUGGGAGACUCAUACGGGAUCGGUAUCGAACAGCUUCCCAAGUUGUCGAGAACAAAGGGAAAAUGAGCUGUUUGAUGAUCAAUGAUCUUGAUGCUGGGCUGGGGAGAUUUGGAAACACUCAAAUGACAGUUAACAAUCAAAUUGUUGUUGGAACUCUUAUGAACUUGUCAGACAAUCCGACAAGAGUAAGCAUUGGGCAAGAUUGGAGAGAAUCAGAUGUCACACAGCGAGUUCCCGUCAUUGUAACGGGAAAUGAUUUUUCAACACUCUAUGCUCCCCUGAUUCGUGAUGGAAGGAUGGAUAAAUUCUACUGGCAACCAAACCGUGAAGACAUAAUAAAUAUUGUCCAUCGAAUGUAUGAAAAGGAUGGGAUAACUUGGGAUGAAGUUGUGAGCAUUGUGGACACGUUCCCUAAUCAAGCCUUGGAUUUUUAUGGAGCUCUUAGGUCCCGAACAUACGAUCGAUCAAUCUCCAAGUGGGUAAGUGAUAUUGGUGGUUACGAAAAUCUUGGGGAGAAACUUCUCAAACGAAGAAAGGAUGACAAGCUUCCUACAUUCAUUCCCCCAAAGCAAACGUUGGAGGCAUUACUCCAGUCAGGGCAUUCUCUCAUCAAGGAACAGGAAUUGAUAACAAACACCAGACUUUCCAAGGAAUACAUGAAGAAUCUCAAUGACUAGAAGCGAUGUCUGCUACAAACAUGGCUGCAGAAUGGAGCUAGGCAUUCAAUGAGGCAUGCAAGACGCUGCACAUGAUCUUCUCAAACCGUUAACGCUACUUUACCCCAAAGACAGGCCAGUUUAUUCAUCAAUCAUCAGAUGGGCCACACCUCUGUGUUGUAUCUGGACAUUGAAUUAAUUUUCUUUAGCCGCCUGUUCUCUUCAGGGCUCAGGUGAUGAGCAGCUAGGAUUGCAAAGUUGCCAUUGUAUGGCAUGUGUGCGCAUGAGUAGGCUACUCACUUGAGUCGCCUUUGUGUUAGGAUAUCCCUUUGGUUCCUUUUCUUCUCUCUACUGGUCAGACUACAGAAAAUGCAUUAUCCUGCUAUUAAACAAAUGCAUAAAACUGCCAAAGAUCAAUUUUUUACUAGUUAAAAGAAACAGGUUUCAUGGUAAGCCUAGAUUCGACAUCA